GGGGAAAGGCCUGGGCGGUCUCCGGGCUACGGGCCCGUGUCUCCCAGAGACCGGCCGCAGCCGCCCGGCCCCACCGGUAUUUUUGGCAUCACUAUUGUGCCAGGACCUAUAAAGCGGUGGCAGUGGCACAGGGGCUGUGCUCCCGGCUGCCCAGCAGGACAUGCCCCAGCUCUGCUCGGCCUCCUGAAGAGCGCAGGAAGGAUGGAGGUGCCCAACACCAAGCUCCAGAGAGCUGCCUGCCUCUUGCUCCUGCUCCUCCUCUGCUCCCUGGCUGCUGCCCGGCAGAACCUGCCCGAGUGCUGCCGGCAGAAGACCUGCUCCUGCCACAUCUAUGACCUCCUGCACGGCAUGGGCAACCACGCUGCCGGCAUCCUCACGCUGGGCAAGAGGAAGAGUGUCCCUCCGGCGUUCCAGAGCCGGCUCUACCGCCUGCUGCACAGCUCCGGCAACCAUGCCGCAGGCAUCCUCACCAUGGGCAAGCGUGGGGAUCGCCCUGGCACCGCCUGCCACGACGGAUCCGGCUGCCCCAUGGCUGCAGACCCGCAGCCAAUGCUGCGGGGCACUGACACCAGCCCUGCCAGCCCCAGGGACCAGUGCCAGGGACACUCGGGGAAGGAGCUGACCAAGAGCCAGGCCCAGGGAGCUGCUAAGAGCUUUUAUUGAGAGGGGUGGGGGCAGCAGGAACAGAGCGAGGAUCCAUGGGGGCAGC